UCUCCACUUAGGAAAAUGCUGAUGAGCAGCUGUGGAUUCCCAAAAACUUUUAAACCAACAUUUGUUUUGCUUUAAAUAAUCAGAGAGAACAGACGGCAGCUGGAGCGACAGUAACUGUUUUAAUCUGUGUGAGAUAUUAAGAUGAGCGCAGACACGGUGGAGCAGUCGGAGGCUCCAGCCGAACAGGCAGGGCACAACGGAAUCGGCUUCAAUCGACACAUAAAAACAGAGCAGAUCAUCGACUCGCCUCAUUCAGUCGCCGCACUGAAGACAUGCCACCUGCCGCAGAGCUCUGCUGGAGGUCAGCUGCCUGGGGAGCUCACGUCUCUCCACAGCAUGCAGCAGCUGGUCCUGAUGCCUCCGUCUCACCUGACCGCCCCCUCCCCCUUCCUGCUCUCCCAGAGCCCCACCAGCCACCAAGGGGGAUUCCCUAUUGACGGACAACAGUAUAUCCAUUCGCCCAACACGUCUGCCUAUGUCCAAACACUUCUGCAGCAGAACCUGCUGAGUCAAACAAAUCUCCUCCAGCAUCAGCCUGGACUGGCUCUGACUCCACAGGCAAUGAGCCGCUCUGGUCUGGCUGGGCCGUCCAUGGAGAACCACAUGGACAUGUCCCACCUGCAGAUGCCCAAACACAUGUCCGUGCCCCCCCAGGAGGAACCCUCCGACCUGGAAGAGCUGGAGCUGUUUGCUAAGGCAUUCAAACAAAGACGCAUCAAACUGGGAUUCACACAGGGAGAUGUGGGCCUUGCAAUGGGAAAACUGUACGGGAAUGAUUUCAGUCAGACCACAAUCUCUCGCUUCGAGGCUCUCAACCUCAGCUUCAAGAACAUGUGCAAGCUCAAACCUCUGCUGGAGAAAUGGCUGAGUGAUGCAGAGAACUCCCCUUCUGACUCGAUGAGUAGCACUUCUCUGCCGCCCCUGAUCGAGGGCUACGGACGCAAACGGAAAAAAAGGACAAGCAUUGAAACAAACAUCAAGAUGACUCUGGAGAAACGUUUCCGUGACAACCCUAAGCCAAACUCAGAGGAGAUAACUCUGAUCUCGGAGCAGCUGUCCAUGGAGAAGGAGGUGGUUCGAGUUUGGUUUUGUAAUCGGCGUCAGAAGGAGAAGAGGAUCUAUUGCCCCGUGACCAGUUUAUCCGUCAAGAAUCACAGCUACAACUCCAGAAUGGCUGCAGGAUCCAGACCAUACAGUCCUCUGGCUUCAGGCGGAGUUUCAUCAAAUUCCUCUCCAAACAGUGGGAGCCGUGAAGCUUCUCCCAACGGCCUGUCCUCCUCCUCCGUCUCUCUGACCUCUCAGGUUAACCCGUCCUACAGCGCACCAGGGUCUUGGUAUCGGACGUGGAACCCUGCAGCGUAUCAUCACUGAGAAACAUGAACUGUACCACAUGAAGCUUUUGUUUUGAGAAGGAUGUACAAUGAAGAUUUGUGAAGGAGUAAUAACGCUCGUUAUGAACAGGGUUACACAGCUUAAGGCUAAACCCCAUAAGAAAGAACAGCAGAGGACUGCAAACACACCACACCAACUGCUGUUAGGACAGCCUCAAGCUGUUUGAUCUGUGUUCAUUGACUCGGUGUAGAUCCGCUGCAAAGGGGGCGAACACACAGAACGGCCUGCAAGGUAUCUGAAACACUAGUGAGGAUUCUCAUCUGCAAACCUGUACAACUCAAAUACUUUGUUUGAUGUUUGUGUGCUAAACUGUUGCUUUUUCUGCCAUAUUUUUGCUGUCUACAGUUGUCGCUGUUUAUUAUAUGUUUUUAUUUUAGUGAAUAUUGUAUUAGUGAGUUUGAUUCAAUACCAUUUACUGCUCGCCCGUCUGAAUAAAUACGCAGUCAAAAUAAAGGCGUUCAUCAUGACUGGAGCAAAAUGCCUUAUUUAACCUUAUUUCAAUGUACAGAGCAGCUUUUACAUUUAGUUAUCGGUUAUUUAAAGGUGUUUUAUUGCAACUUGGGUCUAAUUAUUGCUGUUUUAGCCAUCAUUUCUAUCAUUUGUGAUAACAGAGACAGCCAGUUUACCUUCCUGUCUAGGAAUUGUUUUUUUAUGAAUGUGGGUCAAUUAUAUUUCUACAAGAUCCAUCAAAAGCAGUUCUGUUCAUUAUUAAUGAUUCUUUGCACUCCAAAAAGACUCUCAUUGAUGUUUGUUUAUAACAACAUGAUCAUCUGCUCAUUUUAUGUUCCCUGCCGGACUACUUUUUAGCACAUUUCGUUCCCAGAGCUAAGUAAUUAUCUUGGUGAAAACUUCAAAAAAAAUAAGACCAGCUGUAAUAAACCAGAAUAAAGUCAGAACUGCUUUGGUUAUUUCACAUGUGAUUGAUUGUUGUUCUUAUUUCACAUGUGAUAAAUCAAAACAUUUGUAUUUUUCGCCUUGCUUUUCACCGAGGAAGCAGGUUAGCUUUAGUUCUUUUGUUAUUAAAUCCCACAAGGAAACCAAGACCAACUCUGUGGUAGUCCGUCCCAUGUCUAUGGCUCUAUUUCGUUUUAACUAAAGUGGAGUUUUCUUUGCUGAAGGUUUAAAAAGAGCUGUGUGAUCCUCUGAGCCUUUUUUACUUUUUACCCCUAGACCCAUAUUAACCUUUGUUUUCUGUAAUUAAAAUGAGGAAAGAAUCAGGGUUUGGCUUUUCUUUUUAAUUGGUCAAUCUAAUUGUUUCUACCUGAAAGCACCUCCUGAAGUCUGUCUGUAUUCAGAGGUCAGAGUUUAGUGAAGUUAAACUUUGGAUGUAAAACCUUGCUAGACAAUCCAAAGCUCCUUUUCAGACAGUGAAUAAAUAACAUUACUUAUA